AGGAACCUUUCUCCGUUCGAGAAAGGUUCCUACACGUGAGCGAUGGCCGAGCAGACACUUCUUAUCGGUCUCUGUGACGGAGAGCUGGAUCCCAGGAAAUACGCCUCCACAUUUCUGACAAACAAAGUCGGGGGCAAACCGGACUGGUCGUCGGCUGUCACCGGGCAGUCACCCUGCUGUCGUCUUUGUAGCGCCCCGCUAGCCCAUGUGGUGCAAGUGUACUGCCCCCUCCAGGACUCUCCCUACCAUAGAAACCUUCACCUGUUCGCCUGCUGCCAGCCUGGCUGCAGCGGGACGUCCGGUAGCUGGACGGUCCUCCGCUGCCAGUGUCCGGAGGCUCUCAACCAGUCCUCCACGCCACAGGUAGUUGUUCCGUCGGCCACAGAUUGGUGUGAGUUAGCUGAUGACUGGGGAAUGGAGAGGGAGGAAGAUGAUUCUGGAUGCAGAGGAGGUGAUGAUCAUCAGCAACAGUCUGAAGAUCUGGAAACAGGAGUAAGUCCUACAGUCUGCCCCAUGGAUGUCAGCUCUGGUCUUCAACAACUCAGUCUGGUAGAAUUUGAAGACAUGCCCGUCUUCCGUCCAUUUUUCAUCAGUGUGGUGGAGGAGUCAGAACUGUGUGCGGACGACGAUCAGCUGGAGCACGCUCAGGAACUUCUGAGGGAGUAUGAGAGGAGAGAGGGCACAGCAGUGUGGGAGGGAGAGGAAGGAGGUGGUGGUGGAGGAGAGAAGUAUGAAAAGGCUGGAGCCAGACACGGAGAUGCUGCUUUCUUCAGGUUCAUGAAGGCCGUUUCGUUGUGUCCGCAGCAGAUCCUGCGCUACUGUCGCCACAGUAAACCACUCUUCAUCUCCAAGCCGCCAUCCAAAGUGAGUCAGGCGGUUCCAGCAUGCGGCUCCUGUGGAGAACCCAGGACCUUUGAGCUGCAGCUGAUGCCUGCUCUGGUCAGUCUGCUGCAGAGGACAGACAGCAGCCCAGAGGACGAACUGGAAUUUGGGACUGUGGUGGUUUAUACUUGCACUAACAGCUGCUGGACUGCAGGAACAAACUGCCCAGUGGAGGAGUACUGCUUUGUUCAGCCAGACCCAGAUCAGCAGCUCUUUAAAUGAUGGAGCAGAUUGAUUAAUCUAAUCAUCGCUUUAUACAUUAAAAAUGGAUGAAAGAACUAUACAUCCACCCAUCCAUUAUCAUACACAUUUAUUGUCCCUAGUGGGGUUAGGAGAGGUGCUGGUGCCUAUCGAGAGGUGGGGUCACCCUGGACCGGUCACCAGUCCAUCACAGAUACAUAAACAUGUGAGGAUUAACAGGCAUUAAAGCGGAUCCUGUUUUUGGUUUGUCUCAGCAGCAUUAAAACAUCAAUCAUAACCUGAGUCUGAACAAUGCUCGGUUUUCAUCAAUCAAUCAUGUUUUUAGUGUAAUACCAUAAAAAAAAGUAAAGGACAUGUGCAGACAAUUCAUGUUCUUCCAUUGAUAUGUGUAACCCCAUUUACAUUUUUUCUGCAAAUAUCCUGUAGUAAUCAGAUUGGUUAUGUUGAUGCCAAGUUAGUGCCUGACAGGUCUACUCAGAUCUGUCAUAUGUACGUGAUGCAUUCACAUUCAUAUGCAUUCUUCCCUUUAUGAAAUAAAUAAAUUCAUAUUUGUCUA